CUAGUACCUAAUUAGCUAUCAAACAAAAGUCUGCUUUGAGUCCGUAACUGUAGAGACCCGAGACCCGCUACGAGUGUUGUACUUUCAUGCCUCGCUGCUACUCACCCUGGCCCCCGUCGGUUCUGUCGUCAAUCACCGCCCCUUGAAGUGGAAGGACCAACGACUGUAUACACCUCUCGGUAUUCAUUCUUUCCCCGUUUCGAUCCCGUGAUGAUGAAGGCGUUUCGGAAAAUCAUCGUCACCGACAAUGUGAACAAAAUUCCUUGUUCCAGCCUUGUGAGGAGUCGAGUGAAUGCGCAACAACACGAGACGCUCCGUGCACCCGGUCCGAACAGCUGGACGAAACGAAUAGUUGUGCUGAUACAUAUUAGUCUGGCACUACUUCCAAAUAUCUGUUCAGCAAGCCUAGCCAAUCCAUUGCAAUCAAAAUUUGAGAACGACGCUGACAAGACGGAGCCUCCCGAGCAAGAAAAUAAAGCGUUUAUAGAAUACGAGACUCGAAGCGAUGCCAAGGAUCGUUCCUCGAACUCGGACGAUAACGUGGAAGACUCUAUGUACGAUCCUCUCCAAAUCGACCCGGAGUGCGGAUACGAGGAUUGUUGGAGUCCGCCCGAAAGUACAAUGGAACAAAUAACUACUGCAGGGGUCGACGCCACGUGCAGUUACGGCGGUGUCGACCCGGAUGGACUAUUCCAAGCGGAGGACGAGGAAAGUCGGGAACGCUGCACUACCCAGCAAGAAAUGAUUGUGGACAAGCAUUGGGGGUCCGAUCCACAUAUUAUUCAAAUGCGAGAUAAGUUACGUCAAUCGGGUAGUGGUAUUUCGAGCAAGCAUGAGCGGUUGAAGAAAAUCAACGAUACAGCCACCGGUUCCACUACCCCCACCAACCACGCCACAGCAAAAGCUAACGAAUCGGACACUGUGAACAAACGACCGCCAAUAUUUCUCAUGCCUGGUUUGGCAUCGACUCGCCUCGUAGCUUGGCGUUUUAAAUCGUGUCCACAUCAUCCACUGCUCAGUGACAUCAAAGUACAAGACUAUGUUUGGCUCAACAUCAACCUUGUCAUGCAGAUGGGGACCAUUGACGUUUCUUGCAUGAAGGAAUGUCUUCAGCUAGGAUGGAAUCAAACAGAUACCGACGAUAUCGAAAUUGGAUGCAAGCUACGCCCUGAUGAAGGAUUGGACGCAAUUUCUAGUCUAUCUCCUGGUGGAAUCAGUACAAAACUUCUAGUGGGAGGUACCAACACUGUAUAUGCAUGGCUUGUUCAAUGGUUGGCCGACAACCUUGGUUACGACGUCAGCAACAUCGUUGGAUUGCCCUAUGACUGGCGGCUGUCACCUGACAAAAUGCAAUCUCGUGAUGGCUUUCUAACCCUGACACGCCGUCGGAUUGAAGCCGCGGUUCAGUCCAACGGGAAACCUGGUAUUAUGGUGGCACACAGUAUGGGCAAUCUUAUUUUUCGAUACUUUCUGGAAUGGCUCAAAACAGAACUUCAGCAAGAAGCCUUUCACCGCUACGUCAAGCAAGCUGACCGACGAGCCAAAAUGAAACAAAAGGCAGCUAGAAACCUUGAAGACGAAGCGAGCACUGAUACUUCCUACUUGUCUGGUUGGGUGACAGGCUUUGACGAAUGGUGGAGCGGUUCUCCCGCUGACGAAACGGAUAUCGCUUCACGUAACGCCAAAUUGUGGGAGCUCGCCCAAAUGGAAGGCGAAACAGCAUGGUAUGAAUGGAUUGAAACGCAUAUCUGGACCUAUAUUGGAUUGUCGUCCCCGAUGCUGGGUGCCAUAAAUCCGUUGCGUGCGGUCAUCUCGGGGGAGAACAUGGGUGUACCAAUGGAAGAUUCGACGGCCCGUGAAAUGGAGAUAACGUUCGGGAGUACACACACCGUCAAUCCACUCAGUACCAAAGAGGGCUUUUGUGAUCGCUGGGACUUCGACGAUUGGGGCGACGAGGAGUUGGCUACAACGUCGGCUAGGACGGCUCAAAUGAACAAGCACCAGGCACACGUUGACUCGAGGCUCGCCUGCUUAGACGAUAUCGUUACCGAAAUCGAAGGUUUGGCAGAAGAUCAAGGCAACAGGGAUCCUUGGAAAAACUAUCCCGCUCUGAAAGCGUUGUUACUUGACCGAGAAGACUGGGAUUCAGAUCAACCAAUGGUGCAGAUCACCACCGAAUACUGCGAUGAAAAGGAAAAGUCUCCAUGUGCCAUCAACUCAACAUUCAACAUUGGUCCGUUAGAUGUCCAAUCCGGGGAGAUAUUUACCAAAAUUAACAAAGUUUGGCGCGAAGAGCUAGAUCCGCUGAAAGUUAAGAAAGAGCAGCUUGAAGAGUCCUUUUGGAAUACUGCCGUUCCUAACAUGUUGAAUUCAUCUUGGGAGCGACCUUUGAUAAAACACGUGAUUAUGGCUUAUGGCGUCGACGUUCCUACCGAAGUGGGUUACACAUACCGCAAACGCGUUAUUAAAGAUACUUCAUUGAUAGAAGGGGAAUACGACGGGAUUCCCAAUCUUCAGCGUGCUUUGUGGGAAGACGCCGGAGGAACUUUGUACGAAGAACGUUUUGAUGUUCAACGCGGUGGCUUUGGCGAAAUGCUGGGCAAGAAGCGCCCGCGACGGACGAAAAUUGCUGAUGGAUCAUUGCACCACAGUGGUGACGGAAGCGUUCCCUAUCUAUCCCUCAUGUGGGCGCACACAUGGCUACUCCAUGCGGUGCGUGCGUUGCGGCACGACGGCUCCGAAGGCCCUAAAAACCCUCUAGACGGCAUCGAAAUUAGCCACCGCCCCAAAGGAGCAAUGGAAUGGAUGAAAGGAUCGCCACCGAAAAGUGUUACAAUUCUAGGCGGAGACAAAAAAUACGAAGAGAGUUCCGACACUGGGACAGCCCAUCCCCACGGCACCAAAUAUAAACCAGAAAUGAUUCGGUAUCACUCGGCAGGGACCAGUCGAACAACAGGGAUUGAGUACACAACCACUGUUCUAGAAGCGUUGCGGGUCGAACACAAGGAGACAACUCGAAAUUACGAUAUUCUCGCUGCAGUGUUCACAGAUGUCUUGCGCAAGAUGCACGACGACUUGAACAUUGUAUAA